AACGAAUCAUCCACGAUUCGAACCUCACUAGCCUGUGCAUAUGACAGCUCAGACUCAGAGAGAGGAGAGAAGGAGGACCACGACCCAAAGGGGUAGUCGUCAGUCUCUCACCUUGUUUUUUUUAGCUAAUCACAUCCAUAGAGACUAAGAGGAAAAGCGGUGUUUCUUUUUAAUAAAAGCGGUGUCUGUCUGUCGGAGGAUUCUUCCCGGGUUACUUAAUGGAAGCGGCGGCUGACGCGGCGGCCAGCCUGUCUGAGGCCGGGGAUGGGAGUCUGUUAUCCGGGGAAGCAGCUUCCGAGGACGCGGCCACGGAGGAUGACAUGGACUCGGAUUCUACAUCGAAAAAGGCUUUCAUAACAGAGAUGCCUUCAUCUUCAGGCCAGCCGGCCCAUGGGAAGAAGAUUGGACACAGAGGUGUGGAUGCUUCUGGAGAAACCACAUAUAAGAAGACCACAUCUUCAGCACUCAAGGGGGCCAUUCAGCUAGGGAUUGGCUACACAGUUGGCAACUUGAGUUCCAAGCCUGAGCGGGACGUCCUCAUGCAGGAUUUCUAUGUGGUGGAGAGCAUUUUCUUCCCCAGUGAAGGGAGCAACUUGACACCAGCCCAUCAUUUCCCAGACUUCCGUUUCAAAACCUACGCUCCUGUCGCCUUCCGUUACUUCAGAGAGCUCUUCGGGAUACGGCCGGAUGACUAUUUGUAUUCGCUCUGUAAUGAACCACUGAUCGAGUUGUCCAAUCCGGGAGCCAGUGGUUCAGUCUUCUAUGUCACCAAGGACGAUGAGUUCAUCAUCAAGACAGUCAUGCACAAGGAGGCAGAGUUUUUGCAGAAGCUUCUUCCUGGAUAUUACAUGAACUUGAAUCAGAAUCCUCGCACCUUAUUGCCCAAGUUCUUCGGGCUGUACUGCAUACAAUCGGGUGGGAAGAACAUUCGAAUGGUGGUCAUGAACAAUGUUUUGCCCAGGGUGGUGCGCAUGCACCUCAAAUACGACCUGAAGGGAUCCACCUACAAGCGACGGGCCUCUAAAAAAGAGCGGGAAAAGGCGAAGCCCACUUUCAAAGAUCUUGAUUUCAUGCAGGACAUACCAGACGGUCUCAUGCUGGAUACAGACACGUACAGUGCCCUGGUCAAGACGUUACAGAGAGACUGUUUGGUCUUGGAAAGUUUUAAGAUUAUGGAUUAUAGUUUGCUGCUGGGAGUACACAACAUCGAUCAGGCGGAGAAAGAGCAGCAGAUGGAGGGAUCUCAGGGCAGCAUUGAUGAAAAGAGGCCGCUGGCACAGAAAGCACUCUACUCCACUGCCAUGGAGUCCAUACAGGGAGCGUCGGCCUAUGGAGAAGAGAUUGACACUGAGGACACGAUGGGUGGGAUUCCUGCAGUCAAUGGAAAAGGAGAGCGUCUGUUACUCUACAUUGGAAUAAUCGACAUCUUGCAGUCUUACAGGCUAAUAAAGAAAUUGGAGCAUACGUGGAAGGCUCUAGUCCAUGAUGGGGACACAGUGUCUGUUCACAGACCGUCUUUCUAUGCAGACAGGUUCUUCAGGUUCAUGAGCACUACUGUAUUCAGAAAGACUUCCUCACUGAAAUCCUCUCCGUCAAAGAGGGGUCGUGGGGGUCUGGCAGCAUCCAAAUACAGCGGUCCCGGAGCAGCCUGGUCAUCCAGCCAGCUGCCAUUUGUAAGAGACGAAAACAUCUACGACCUGAGAGGAACCCGUAGCUUCCCCACACUGGAAGAUGAUGUUUCAGGUCGGACGGAUUUGCUUCCCUGCACCCCUCCUUCAUUCGAGGAGGCCACUACAGCCUCCAUCGCCACCACACUUUCCUCCACCACCUCCCUGUCCAUCCCAGAACGCUCCCCAUCGGACACCUCCGAACACCCGCGCUACAGGAGACACACCCAGUCCAGCCAUGAAGAAACAAUGCAGGAUGAGGACCAGCAGACCAUCACAGUGGAGGUGGAAGUGGAGGGAAGGUACAACAGCGAACCCACCCUCGCGGCUCCCCAGGUAUCGCCGGAGAUCAGUGAAGCUGCAGAGACUUUUCUAGAAGCCUCAUCCUCCUCCGUCCCGGCGAGCCCCAGGAUAGUGGUAGAGUCUGACGGCGGCAGUCAGGCCUCGGGAUGUACAAGCCGUGCCUCUGUGGACGAGGAUGAUGAUGUGCCAAUUACAGACAUUUAUUUUCCUCCAGAAGACAAAAGUUGGGUAUAUUCUCCUCUGCACUUCAGCUCAGGGCCUAAAACCCUGGCAGAGGAUGAAGAGGAGAGUGAAACAUAAUCAAACCUCAGGAAAGAGGGGCAGCUACAAGGUUUGAACUCUUCAGACGUUCUCAUCAUAAGGUCCUGAAGCUUUACUGGUUGGAUAAUUUCGCAACUUAAGCAUAAUUUUCAUUGUCCUUUCACCCAUUCCAUAAACACCAGAUUUAUUUAUGAGUAAUAAUGAAGAUAUUUAAUAGUUCUUUUAUUUAGUUUUUCAUUCAUUGUCUAAUUUACAUAAUGUGAAAAUGCAUUUGACUUGAGAUCUUGGAUUCAAGAGUGGGCUGUGGGUUAUUUUUUUUAUUUUAUUUUUAUUCUAUUUAGGGGACUUGUAGGUGACUUGUAGGUUAAGUUGUUAAUACGCCUUGGUUAACAGGUAGCAUUGUUCUGUGACUGCUUAUUGGUUCAUCAGAAAAAUAUUAAGCCAGCAAUAGUGUUCAAUGUUUCAGAAAGUCCCGUAAUUAAUUAUUUCAUUUUAUUUAUUUAAAGAUUAGGACUGAUAAUGGAUGCUACACAGUUUUUAGAGAACAAUGUUUUAGACUUCCCCUGAUGUUUUUAUUCUUGUUUUGGCUCAGUUUUAUUUAUCGAUUAAGUUAUAGUUUAAAUUUGUUCCACGGAUUUUCCCACCAAAAUCAGUACGAAGUCAUCAGGGCCUGGUUAUUUAAAGACAUGUUAAACUGAAAGAUGGGACCAAACGUAAUGUGUGGGAAGCCAAGUCUUUAAAACAACUUAAACAUUUCAUUAUCAGAAAUAUUUGUUAAAAACGUUUAAUUGUAAAUCCAAAUGUAUAGAAUAUGUGUGUGUGUCUAUGCAUCGAGUGUGUUUGUGGUUUUGAAUAAGCGAGUCUCAUUUUACGAUGGAGGUGUGCGACACUGAUUCUUAUCAUGUGCAGUGGCCAGUUGCUAUUGAUAUUGCUGUUGUGUCUAAAAUAAAGGGACUACUGCAGCAAUACAUUUGUUAAGUGUAGCACAUGCAUUUUGGUUGCCUUAAUUCUUUUUUGCCAACCUAAUUUCUAUUGUAGUUAUCAAAUAUUCAGAGAUUCAGUCUUUCUUUCUGGUUCACCAGUGAUAAUGAGAAUUUGUAUAUAGAUCUUGAAAUAUAAAAUAUAUUUUAAAUGUUAUUUGAUAUUUUCUUUUGUAUUUUAUUGUGCACAAAUGGCUUGCAAAAGGUGUCCUAAGUCUUCAUUCUUCCAACAUCGAGGACAUUUCCUUGUGUUUGAGUCUAGGAUGUUUCUUUGUUUACAGUUUGGAUUGUAAAGUCUAUCGUCAAAGACAUACAAUUGUAACGAUCGCUUACUCUUCCAACAGUUGAGCUGUUUUUGUAUGUGUGUGUGCCCACCUAAAUAGCAAAAGAGCAUGAUGAAAUGUGAGUAUUUACAUUGAUAUACAGCAUUUAUCUCUAUGAAAAGACCACAUCCAAUGGACUGAUGGGUGUACAUUUGUUCAGACACUUAAAAUAAAUACAAGUCAUUCACAA